AUGGACGAUACCUCGACACUACCCUACUCCAAUUCGGCAGCCCUGUUAGAUGCCGCCAGCCAUGUCCAGCUCCUGGCUUCAAAGCGGGCCGAUGAAGAUGAGAAAAAGCGAUACCGUCCCCGGACAUUCAGCUACUUCGCCCACUUGCCCUUUCCGGUAGAAGACCAAGCAGCUCGCGAUGCUGCCCUCACUGGCAUACUCAAGCAACUAUUCAUUGCCAUCAAGGCCGAAGAUUUCUCGCCCGGUGCGCUUCAUUGGACGCGUGAGCUUCAGGCAUGGCUCAACUUGAAGUUCGAGAUGACACGGGAGCUUCGCGCGACCCUAGCUCGUCUCUACUAUCAUAUGUCGCUAGCUCCCGGUCUUGACACUACAACCUCGGAUAGCCGUCGCAAGUCACAAAAACAACUGUGGAAGCUCCUUGUUCAUGCCCAGUUCUAUUUCGCGCCUCGAGAGCGGCGCCAGAUUCUCGACGAGGUCCUUCCUUAUUUCAGCACCUCUGACAUAUCAAAUGCGUUUAUCUCCAUUGGCGCAUUGGGGUCUCUGUUGCCUACUACGCCCGGACCUGAGGACGCGCUUGACUGUGAACCUGAGCACUUCUUCCCGACAAUCUUCCAUCUUUGGUCUCUCGUCUCAAGAUCGAAGCUAACUGAUGUCUUCAUGAUUGAUAUCUUCUCCCGCUUCGCCCGUGAAUACCUGCCGAGCGCGACGUCUGAUUUCACCGAGUAUGGCAUCUUUACGCAGGACCAGUCUGAUUUGAUCUUCACUGCUAUCCUGCGGCUGACGGAUAUCCCCGUCGGACAGUCUGGGUCUCCCUACUCCUCUGUGGACUUAUCGAGUGGAUUUGGCAUCUACUUAGAGAAGGAUAAGAAGAAGUAUCCUAUCACUUAUAUGAUCGCGCGGUGGAUCGUCUAUUCAAUGUCCCCGUUGUGCCUGGAGAAAGAGGCUUCCGUUCUCUCAAGCCUCGAAGGGUUGAUCCAGUCUGUUGAUACCUUCUUUCACCCCUCAAACCAGGGUUCUUGGCAUGUGUUUUUGGGCCAACUUACGGUUUACCUGACGGAUAUAUUUGUCUCACGCUGGAACCGUGAGGCCAGCGGGGAACUGCAGCUCCCUCCAGAACGCAGGAUAAAUGAUGCCUUGAAGAGGCGAUUUGUCUUGUGCCUCAGAGAUGUCACCUUCAUGGGUAUCUAUUCUAAAAGCAUGCGAGUGGCUAGUUAUUACUAUGCUACUCUGCAGGGUCUUGCCUUUUGGAGCCCGAUCUCGUUCUGCCGGGGCCUUGCAGCGCUUCUAUCCGAGCUUGCAAGGACUCGUCGAAGUUCAUCGGACGACGUCUAG